GUGAGGUGGCGCGGCGGGAGUUGCAAAAUAGUGCGAAUCUGAAGAGUCUGCAGUAGUAAUACAUUACGAUGUUUUUCUUCAUAUAAAUGUCAAAACGUGGAUUUCAGCCAUGAAACCGAUUCCAGGACGCUAUGAAAAGGCUAAGGAUCUGAGAACAUGACAGGCUUUUCUCAAAGAUUAUUGGAUCCAGGUACACGUGUGAAUAUGUUCGAAGUCUUCAAGCAUCACAUCGUUCAAGAGCUGGGGCCACUUUGUCCCAACUGGUUUGAGGAGCUGACCGUCAGCGCCGCUAGAGAUGGAGCCUCUGCCCGGGAUCCAGAGGUGCCCGGGGGGGCUCGUGUGCAGGAGGCCUCCCUCGGAACACCGCUGCGAAAACCGGCCGCGGACAGCCAGAUCUUCUCCACUCCCAAGAUCUUCAAGAGCCGGACGGCUCAGUCACCUGAACUCCUAACCACGGACGAGGAGCUCUUCUCUCCUGAUAGAGGAGCUGCUGGAGGAUCAAAAACAUUACCAUGGGUGGACACAAGCAUGUGUUUCUUUGGAUCUGCUAAAAACAGCCGAACUGCUGAUAAACAUGGCAAUACAAGUCUGACUGCGGAUGAUUUUGCACUGCUGAACAUUCCAAAAAGCCGGCCUGCCGUCUCUUGCAAAAGCAUUUCUGAAAGCCUGGGUGCGCAGUUGGACCCUGACGUGUCCUGGACCAGCUCUCUCAACACCCCUCCCGUCAUCUCCCCCACCAUAAUUUUGGCUAAGGAGGAGGACAAAGCCGGUCCAGUCAGCCCCUCCGGAGACAAACGUGUUAUUCUUGUGCGAGAGCUGUUCCCCUCCAUGUCAAAAGUGUCCCGAAUGACUGAGAUCACUGAAAAGCCUGAGGGCUUGUUUGGUCAACCAUCUGGAGCAGAUAGCCGGUUGGGUGGCCUGGUGAAAGGGAGCGAUUGCCGGGAGCUCCCCUCAGCAGACGUGCGGGACGGUUCGUGGAAGCAGACGCUGCCCGACGCCAUCCAGGACGGAGAAGUGCGCAGCACGGUGGCCAGCGUGCUCGAUGGCGCUGAAGAGGUCCUGUCCAUCUUCUUCAGUAACGGCGGUUCGGCGCUGCGGAGGGUGAAGGCCCGGGAGAGGAGCAGCAGCAGGAGGAGGCAGGCCUGCUCGGCCAAGGCAGCGGCGCCGACUCCUCCCCCCCCAGCUCUGGAGAGCGGACGUCCUGAAGACCCUCCCAAAAUGGCCGGCCGAGCGGAACGCGUCGCGGACACCUUCGCCUUUCACAAGGGCAAUUCCCCAGAGGCAAUGGACUGCGGCGUCACCCAGUGGACGCCGUUGACUUUGCCUGACACCUCGGGCGCUAGCGCGGGAACUGAUUUCUGUGCUGUGCCGUCAUCCUCAGGCGGGGGCACCGCACCGGUCACUGAGGCGCUGGCUGAUAGGCCGGCUAAUGCAGCUCAGCUGGAAAGACCAGCUUCUAAAGGUGAUCCUAAAGACAUUAGGGUGCCAGGGGGUGCAAGUGCACAGUGGGAUGCUGUCCUCCCUACAAAUGUGGCUAACACUCAGGCAAAGACUGUAGGCCCCUUGCAUUCAGAGUUUCCACAGCAAAGGGCAGAGGCUUCGAAGAGCAUGAGAUCUGAGGACUCCUGGCCAACUACGCUGCCACUGAACCCCUCGUUCCCCCAGUCAGACUCUGGUAAAUGUACAGUGCCAGCAAGCGGCCCAGGGAUUAAUGUAUGCAGUACUGAGAUGCAGACUGGUGUGCUGGUCCUCCGGCCAGGCGAGUCGCCGUUGCCGGGGUCGUCCCUGGAAGGCUGUCCUGCUGUCACCUCCACCAGGAAACCUCCCCGGAAAUUUGUGUAUUCUCUUCAGAGCCCACGACUCCCUGUGCAAGCAAAACAUAACCAUAGCGACCGUAGUCAAACAGUUUCCACGCCAACGGUUCCAUUUCCAGGUGAGUCGUUGAAUGGGAGCACAGACGCUGUGAUGUCCAGCGUAAAGGCGUUGCAUCGCAGUGACAAUGUCACCAAAGACAAAUCGGAAUGUAAAAAACUUUGUGAACAAGCUAGCGACGCAAGUAUGGCGGUAGUCCCUACUGCAUCAAAUGAAGUGGAAAGUGGGCUGGAUCACAUGCCCCUGCUGUGCGCUACCAGUGCGGAGGAUUACAGCCAAGAGUGGAAUCCUGGCAGAGCGCCCAGCGGCAGUGCUGACGCGCUUGGCCGUGACACUGACACCCGUUUCUCAGCAACAGCAUGCCACUCCGUAAUGGAAUCUAAACGGCCGCGUCGACCUUCCGCUCCCGUGCCGACGGAAAAGCCCGGAUGUGCCGACGAUCCCCGCGACCGUGACAUUGUCGACUGUCCCGGUCACGGCACCGCCGUCCUCACCGGAUGCACUCAGGCCGCUGAAACGAGCGGCCUUCUCCGUGCGUCCGACGCGACGCGCAUGACGUGUGACAGCGGCUACCACGCCACCUGGUCGGGUGCCACGCAGCUUCACGGGUCAUCCGACAUCGGACACGCUUCCAGCUCCAGGAAAGUCGCUGAGAAUCGUGCUCCUGUGGGCUUUAAAACGGCCAGCAACAGAAGAAUUCCUCUGUCUCUGGAAGCCAUACAGAGGGCAAAGGCGUUGCUCGAUGAGGGUGCAGAGGGUAGUGGGAUUAAAUCGUCCGUCUCUAAGGGGAAGCCUCAGAUGUCUGAAUCUGCAGAACGGACUCAGAAGAGUCAUUACAACGGGGCCAAGAGCUCUUUAGCUGGUAAUGCAGCUGCAAGUCGGCAGCGCGCAUCGCUGAGAAAAGUGAGUUCCCCCCACAGUUCCCUGAGUUCUCCCCAGGGCAGUUCUCCAAAUCCUGGUUUUGUCGGCUUCAAAACAGCCUCCAACGGCACGAUACGUUUGUCCUCUGCGAAUCUGCUGAAAGCCAAGCAGCUGUUCAAGGAUAUUGAAGAUGAGAAGCUCUUGGAAGUUUCCCCCAGAACCAGCUGCACUGAUUUUGACGCCGCGGGUGAAGUUGAAGCGGAAACUGGAACGUCGUCGAAAAGUUCAGCGGGGCUGAUGGCUGCGCCCUCGCGCGUCCGGCCGUCCUCUGAGCCGAAAGCCUCUGAGCCCUACGGGUGUCUGACGGCCUCACAGAGAGCUGACGUUACGGAGCUGUGCAGCCUUUUAGAGGACGCCGGCAGCCAGUUUGAGUUCACGCAGUUCAGGCAGGCGAUCUCGACUCCAGCCGGCUCGGACGAAGUCGUCUGCAAUCAUCCUUGUGACAAGGAGGUAGAUCCCGAUUUCCUAACCGGCAUCGACUUUGAUGACAGUUUCAGCUCUGAGUGCGAGCGGCAGGGUUCUAGAAAACUACCGGCCGAUGCGAUUAUGCCUGAGAAAUUAACUGCCAGUUCUUACCACAAGCAAAAUCGACAGGACUCCAGCCAUAAAUCCAAACCUGUGGAAGUAUUGAGUUAUGACUUCGCUGAUAAGAAUGCAAAAGUCACAAAAUACACUGAGGACCCAAGUGCAUCGUUGGUCCCUAAGAAUAAUUAUGAUUCAGGAAGCUUUGUAGCUUUUUCUUCUGCAAGUGGAAAGAAAAUUGCUGUGUCAAAGGAAGUUCUUCAGAGGGCUUCAAAGGUUUUUGAUGACUUGGACGUUGGUUGCGUGCCAUCGCCGAGCUCUGUGCGUCGUGACAAGAGUGCAGAUCCAUCUCAUUUAAAUGUACUGGGUGCUACUGUCACCGAGGUGCCAAGAGCCAGAAACAUUCCAGGCGCCCAUGUGACAUUUAACACUCCAAGGAGUAAUGUUAUGAACCAGAGCCACUGCAUCAAGAAGAUUGGCCGUUCACCAGGAGCAGUAAGCCCAGGUGGAAGAAGUUUAAAAGUGGGUGUGUCAUCUGAAAAUACGCAAGCGAUUCAGGAAGACCGUGCCAUUUCUGAAUUAAAUCUCCCUUCUGGAGAGCCUUACCCUCCCCACGUUUGUUCCUCUUUUCAAUUGCCAACUGUCAAAAACAGUUUAGAAGGUGCAGGUACUACUUGGCCAAGAGAUUUAUUAGCUCCCUGUGCACCAAAUGGAAUAGGCACUGAUUUAAGGUUAGAUGAACGCCCGCCUCCGACACCUGCCCUUAGUUCAGCAGAGCAAGGAAACGCCAUUUUAAAGCAACCGAGGACUGUUUGUUCAAAAGGCGGUCUUCAGAGAGACAUGGGUAAAAAGCUGGAAAUUUCUCACGACCAGCCCAGUAGCAUGAGCAACAAGCGUGGCGCGGGUUUCAAAACCGCCAGAGGGACUGCCGUAAAUGUCUCGGAGGGGCUUUUGAGGAAAGCGAGGGAGAUGUUCGCAGAUUUAGGGGAGAAUCUGGAAACCGCGCAAGGACGAGGCUUCCGUGGAGAUGAGCGAGAGGGGUGGAAUGCCGUGUCCGAAAACAAAGAACAACCAGACACAUCUGCUGACGCCACUGACAAAGCAAAGAGCAUUUCUGAGAAAUGCAAGAGUGAGAAUGGUGCUGAGCAGAGAACAUCUGCUGCUGAUUACGGUGCUGACGAACCUGAUGCCGUACACGUAGAAAAGGAGAUUGAUGCGACCUCUGUGCAAGAAGACUCCUCAAGAGCAGAAACUCCUAACAUGGGCAGUGAAAGCAGCAUAGGCUGUAGCACACCGUGUGCAAACAAAUUGUGCUCAGCUGAAAAAGCGCUCCUGGAAACCACCUCAAACGAAUGUGGUCGUAUCUCUGGAUCAUGCCAGAUGGCAGCUGUUUCAGAUGAAGGCAGCGGUAGUAUUUCAACUUCCAACAUCCAGGGUAAUUGUGGCUUCAGCACUGCUGGUGGUAAGAAGGUAACCGUGUCCAAAAAAUCUCUUCAGUAUGCUCAGUUUCUUCUUAAUGAGUGUACAGAAAUGAACACUCCCGAACCUGGGAACGCCUCCAGGUUGAGUAAUGGGCAUGUUUCCUCUCACAGCCUUCUGGGUGGAAACAGUGGUGGCUUUCAGACUGCGAGUGGAAAAGGUGUGGCCAUUACACCAAAUGCCCUUGAGCAGGCAAAGGCCAUGUUUCAGAAUUGUGAUGAUAGACUAGAGUGCGGAAUUACCGGGGCAGUAAGAGGAGAGGGUGUCAGUGGGGGAACCAGAGGCGACCCGAUAAAUCCGACGGCAACCAGUUCUGGAUUCAUCUCUGCCGGUGGUAAAGGCGUGUCCAUUUCAGCAAAGGCUCUCCUUGAAGUGAAGGACAUGUUUAAAAACAGUGAUUGCAUUGUGGACUGUGCAACCACUUGUGGACCAAGAGAGGGGCAUACAAAUGAAAAGUCCUUUGAACUGCAAAGUAAUUUUAGGACGGUUAACUGCGGGUUCACCUCUGCUGGUGGCAAGAGGGUGUCUGUAUCCGAGAAGGCCCUCCUGAGAGCAAAUGCUCUUCUGAAGGAAUGUGACGAGAAACCCCACGUGGAGUCGGAGAGACUGGAAUUUAUGGCGGGUUCAACUCCGGAUCCUCGGCACAAGAACGGUCGUGGCUUUAGCACGGCCAGCGGUAAAGGGGUGUCCGUUUCCCUCAGGGCCCUUCGGGAGGCGAAGGCUCGAUUCGCGGACUGCGACGACGCUGCUUCGCCUGAACCUGGUGAAGUGAAAGCGGAAACCCUAGGCGAGAAUUCCACAUCUGCCCAUAAAAAGGAUUCUACGAACGGUAACUGUGGCUUCAGCACCGCAAGUGGUAAAGGCGUGUCUGUGUCCAAGAAGGCCCUUCUCAAAGCUAAGGCACUGCUUAGUGAAUGCUGUGAUGUUGAAAGUGGGGAACCUGGAAGACUUCUCAAAAUGGAAUGCAGAUCUAGUUCAGUUCCGACCCCUCCGUGUGAAAGCGGGUGCGGUACUGGCGCAGGUAGCGGGAAGGGGCUGUCCACCUCCGUGAAGAACGUUUGUGAAAUGGAGGUCUCAUUACAAGACUGCUCCAAUGAUAAAAUCACAGCAGAGAUUCGAGGAAAGGAUUUAAAAGUGAAAGGUGGCCCUUAUAAUAAUACAGGGAAGCGUGCUUCUGGUUUCAACACAGCCAGAGGUAAUCGGGUAUCUGUUUCAGUCCAGGCUCUUGAGGAGGCAAAGGCUAAAUUCAGAGACUGUGAUAAUUUGGACCAGGUAUUUGGUGAAGAAAUGAAGGUGGAUCCUAUAAAAAAUAAAAGAAGUUCUACCCAUCGUAAUCCGGAUAAAACUGCUCCUGACAUCAGCGCAGUUGACGAGAAGACCGCGUCCGUCUCUGAAAUGGUUCUUCCGAGCACAAAUCUUUUGCCUGCGGAAUCUGACGGAAUUGAACGUUCUGUUGUACCGAGCAGCUGCGAGAACCUCCCACAAGGACCGCCAAGCCAAGGCCAAGCCGCGGAUCGCCAAAACGCUCGAGAGAACGGAAAGGCGCCCGUGUGGCCCUGUGACUCCACCCCUUCCCGGGAACGUUCUGCGCCGGGGAGGGCUGCCGCGGAGACGGCGGACUGCGAGACCCGGCGGAGCUCCCCGCCGAGCCUGCGCUCGCCGGGGCUGAGCAGCUGCACGGACACCCAGCAGAGGUACCUGGAGCAGGAGGCCAUGGCGUGCACCAGGGCCCUGCUGGAGGACGAGGACCUGGCCGAGCAGGGCCUCCGGGGGGCCCCAGGGAGGACGUCUCUCCAGCCGAGUUCAGCCGUGACUGAGGCCGGGGGGACACGAGGGCGUGGCAAAAGGCUCCAAUCGGAGGACUCGGAUUUUCCAGACCAACCUCCUCUCAAAAGACGGCUCCUGGCGAACUUUGACCAGACAUCAGACAGUGAUCAGCGGCCCGUGCUGACUCCUGUGAAGAGCAGCCCAAAUGUAAUGUUAAGAGACAGGAGAAUCUUCAGAUACGGUGUGCCACUUCAACCUAAUGUCACUCAUCCUCCUGGGGAUAAGAAGGGCGUCCUGGACCACAGACACAGAAAAACAGAGCCACAGGUCGUCGUCCCAGGCUCCUUCCUUCAGGACAGCAAGCCGGUGAAUCCCAGGGGUGCGGUGUUUGUGCCCCCUUUUCGGAAGGGUCCCAAGCCCGAGGUCCAGGGAACCAGUCUGCCAGCAGAGUCGAGAAGGCCUCCCAGUACCUUUGCGCCCCCCUUCAGGAAAACCCAGCCCGAUGGUAACCCCCUGGGACAGGGGCCCGGACAGCCGUCCUCCAGCCGUCCUGGGACUCCCCCUCUGCCGGCUGUGUUUGUUCCUCCUCUUAGGAAAUCGGCAGGUUCCACCUCCCAUCCAGAUCCAGGCAGUGAGGAGAAGAUGUCCGGUCAGGAAUCGGGCACUCACACACCACACAGCACCUGUGGUGGUGCCCAGAGCGGGCAGGGCCCUGUCACCCCAAACAUCCCUGCAGGGAAGGAGGCAGAACCAGAGGAGCCCACACCCGCACCUCCCUCACCUGGGGACCUGGAGGCUGGCAGCUCAGACGUGCAGACGCUGCAGAGCCUGCAGCUGGCGCGGGACCUGCAGGACAUGCGGAUCAGGAAGAAGAGGCGGCAGGCCAUCCGGCCCCAGCCGGGGAGCCUGCUCCUGGCCAAAACCUCCGGGGUGGCCCGGGUGCCUCUGAGGAGCGCUGUAGGGGGGCGGUGCCCUGGUCUCCACACCCCGAAAGAGCUGUACGCGUGUGGCGUCCCCCGCGGGGCGUCCCAGAUCGGCAGCGCCAGCGCGGAGUCGUUCCGCUUCCGCUGCGGGGACUUCUUCAGGGAGGAGGUGCUGGCGGCCGGGGGCGGGGUCCCGCUGGCCGACGGGGGCCGGCUCGUCCCCGGCAACGACGGCACGGCGGGGAAGGAGGAGUUCUACAGGGCCCUGUGCGACACCCCAGGGGUUGACCCCAAACUGAUCAGCGAGGGCUGGCUGUACAACCACUACCGGUGGGUGGUCUGGAAACGGGCCUCCAUGGAGCGGGCCUUCCCUUCAGUGAUGGGCGGUUACUGCCUGACCCCAGAGCAGGUGCUGCUGCAGCUCAAAUACAGGUACGAUGUGGAGGUGGACCGGAGCCGGAGGUCGGCCCUGAGGAAGGUCAUGGAAAGGGACGACACGCCGGCGAAGACCAUGGUGCUGUGCGUGUGUGGCGUCGUCUCCUCCGGCCCCGCCCCUGCCGGGCCGGUCCGGCCCGAGAGCAGAGCCUCCCCCGGUUCUGGUGCCAAGGCGGGCGGCCAGCCCGGCGGGGUGAUCUGGGUGACGGACGGCUGGUACGCCAUCAAGGUCCUGCUGGACGCCCCGCUGACCGCCAUGCUGCUCCAGGGCCGGCUGGCGGUCGGCGGGAAGGUGGUGACCCACGGGGCCGAGCUGGUGGGGUCCCAGGACGCCUGCUCCCCGCUGGAGGCCCCCGAAUCGCUCAUGCUGAAGAUUUCUGCCAACAGCACCAGGCCGGCUCGUUGGGACGCCAAGCUGGGCUUCCACCGCGACCCUCGGCCUUUCCGGCUGCCCCUCUCCUCCCUGUACUGCAACGGGGGCCUGGUCGGCUGUGUGGACAUAGUGGUGUUGAGAAGCUACCCAACCCAGUGGAUGGAGAAGCAGCCGGGCGGGGUCUUUGUGUUCCGUAGCGAGCGCUGUGAAGAGCGGGAGGCCAGGAGGCACGGCGACCGCAGGCACAAGGCCAUGGAGCUCCUGUUCAGCAGGGUUCAGGCCCAGUUUGAGAGGGAGCAGGAGGCGAAGACCAAAGCCGGAAGCAGGAGGCGGAGGCUGACCCGGCAGGAGAUGGAGGCGCUGCAGGACGGGGAGGAGCUGCACGAGGCCGUGGAGACCGACCCCGCUCACCUGGAGUCUUGUCUGAAUGAGCAGCAGCUGGCCGUCCUGAGCAGCUACAGGGAGUCUCUGGGGCAGGAGAGGCAGGCCCGGCUGCAGGAGCGUUUUCGGCAGGCCCUGGCGGAGGCGCAGGAGGGCGAGGGGGGCUGCCCCGACCGGGACGUCACCCCCGUGUGGAAGCUGAGCAUCUGCGACUCCAGGGACCGGCGGAGCGGCAGCGUGUACCUCCUGAGCGUCUGGCGCCCCCCGGCGGAGCUGCGCCCCCUGCUGAGGGAGGGGUGCAGGUACAGGGUUUACCAGCUGGCCACGUCCUGGGGCAAGAAACAGGCCGGCAGGGCUGCCGUCCAGCUCACCGGCACCAAGAAAACGCAGUUCCAGCACAUUCAGGCCCCUCCAGAAUCCCUGUGUGAGCUGUUCCAGCCCCGGGUGUCCUGGAGCUUCAGGGCUCUUCAGGGUGCGGGUUUCCGUCCGCUGUGUGGAGAGGUGGACGUGGUGGGGUAUGUCGUCUCUAUUACUGACAGACACGGCCCCUCCCCCGUGCUCUACCUGGCGGACGGGCAUCAGGACUUUGUGUCCGUGCGGAUCGGCGCCAGCCUGGCACAGCUGGCGCUGGAGGAGCUGGUGAAGCCUCGGGCCCUGCUGGCGCUGAGUAACCUGCAGCCCGGGCACCGGACCGCCGUGCCCGCGCCCGUACCUGCCCUGUACGCGGGAGAGCUGGCCCUCUUCUCCACGAACCCCAAAGAGCCGCACCUGCAGGAGGCCUGUGCUCACCUGAGGAGCAUCGCACAGGGCAACGAGGGCUUCUUUCAGAUGGCGGAAGAGAAGCUCGCCAGUUUUAUCCCAUCAAACAACCAGAGUGCUCUGCUGUCUCCAAGAGACGUGGGUCCAGCUCCAAAAAUGGUGAAUGGGCAAACCCCCCAGCAGUCUGUGAGAGGCUCGGGGCUGCUCACCCCUGUGAGCAGGAGGCCCCCUUUACCAGCGAGCACUCCAGAGGACCGGGACCCCAAAAGCGUAAAGAGGAAGCGAGGCCUGGACUUCCUGUCCCGCAUCCCGUCCCCUCCUCCGCUCAGCCCGCUGCUGACACACGCCUCGCCGUCGCUGAGGAAGACUUUCAAUCCCCCGCGAAGGUCUGAGACUCCCCGCCCCGCCCCUCCCCCGUCGCCGACACCGCCCCCUCGCCGUGCCCCGACCCUGCCGACCCCGCCGCCUCGCCGUGCCCCUCCCCCUCAGGAGGCCGAAUGGGUCAAUGACGAGGAGCUGGCCAUGAUCAACACCCAGGCCCUGCUGGACGGGCUGGGGGGGCAGGAGGAGGCGGGCGUGUCCAGGUGACCACGGGAAGCACGGGAACCACUGUGUCUGGGGUAAACUGUACACUGGAUCUGGCAGCCUGAAAGCUGUCAAACUUCCAUGGCAGCUGCGUAUAGAGAGACUGAAGAGAGUACUGAAUGGACAAGCAUGCCGAGACUCACUGCCUAUAAGGACAACUGCAGUGUCUCACUGGCAAAUUCAGCUUACGUGCAAUUUACAUGCUUACAUUGUGUCAAAUGGAAAAUAUGCCUAAAUCCUCCACAACACUGGAUUUGUUUUCCCUUUCCCCUUACUGUACAUGUAUGAAUAAAAUUCAUAAUUUAGAAUAUAUGUAUAUAUGUUGUAUUUAAAAUACUAUUAAAUAAAAAUAUGCUAAACCAUA